CGGAUCUUGUUCACGGGGAACGCAAUGAAUGUGGCACCGCAGCGGAAACCGCUGGAGCUGUUUGAAAUGGAUUUUAUUAUAAUGGACGCUUGUUCUUGAUCACGGAGUCUUCAUCACUGACUUUGUCUGUAAACGAUCAUGUCGCUUUGGCCAGUUGGAAAGAAAUCGCAAAGCCUUUCUCCUGCCUGGACUGGACUGGACUGGACUGAUGACGUCGAUGGCUGCUGUCAAUAAGCUGCUUACGUUCAAAACAAAACCUUGUGUGUCCUGGGCUAUAAGGUGAAGUUCCCAGCAGCCUUGACUUUCUGUGUCACUUCUGUACAAUGAGAAUGAAGCUUAAACUGAAAACUGUAUUCCUGCUCUACUUUAUGGUCUCCUUACUGGGCCUCAUCUAUGCCCUCAUGCAGUUAGGCCAGGGCUGUGACUGCAGAGAGCAUGACUUUCCUAAGGACCGAACCAUUUCCCAGUUGAGAGGGGAGUUACAUAAGUUGCAAGAACAAAUAAAAAGAUACGAGGCAAAAGCCUCCAGUCAAUCUAGUCUGCCUACAAUCUAUGUGAUAACACCUACCUAUGCAAGACUGGUGCAGAAAGCUGAGCUCACACGCUUGUCUCACACAUUUCUGCAUGUACCUCAUCUCCACUGGAUCGUGGUGGAGGAUUCUCCCAGCCCGACACAGCUAGUGACAAACUUUCUGGCUAUGUCUGGACUGACCUACACUCACUUACACAUGCUGACGCCUAAAGACCGCAAACUGCAGGAAGGUGACCCGCACUGGCUGAAGCCUCGUGGGGCUGAGCAGAGGAACGAGGGUUUGCGCUGGCUCAGGGAGAAGGCUGCUGCUGACGGGGGGAAAGGGUUAGCCUUCGACAAUGCUGUAAUCUACUUUGCUGAUGAUGAUAACACAUAUAGCCUGCAGCUCUUUGAGGAGAUGCGUUACACUAAGAAAGCCUCUGUUUGGCCGGUGGGUCUAGUGGGGGCGAUGAAGUUUGAGCGGCCUGUGGUGGAAAAUGGGAAGGUGGUUCGCUUCCACACUGGCUGGCGACCCAACCGUCCCUUCCCCAUUGACAUGGCUGGCUUUGCUGUCUCCCUGAAUCUGGUGCUGGCCAAUCCUGAGGCUUGUUUUGAUGGCAAUGCGGAGAUGGGCUUCCUGGAAAGCAGUUUCCUGCAGAACCUGGUUACCAUGGAGGAACUGGAGCCUAAAGCUGACAUGUGCACUAAGGUGCUGGUGUGGCACACGCGUACCGAAAAGCCAAAGAUGAAAAGGGAGGAGGCUCUUAUAAAGCAGGGGUUAGGAUCAGAUCCCAAUGUGGAGGUGUAAGCUCUCCAAGAACACUCCCCAAGAACAUCCUGGUAUAUCCCAGUUAAAAAAAAAAACAUUUUGCUGUAGUGUUAGCUUGAGAACGUUCUCUUUCUUCAGUGUGAGGGGUCAGUUUACUGUUGUCUAGGAAUCACGACACUGUAUGAGUAACUGUAUGGUUAUCAUGAUUGGGUGUAUGUAUUUGUGUGCAUGAAUGAAUGCAGCGUUCUAUUUAUAUAUCUAUUUAUCAUUCAUGGUGUUACGUAGAACAUGAUGUAGAUGAUCAGUGUUUCUGCCUCAUGCCUGUAAAUGUUGCCUACAAUAAAGUUAUUGCUAUGAUCAGCGGAGCAAAUAAAAAAGGAGUUCUGGGGUGAAGGGGUUUGAGUUUCCAAGUGGUUUAAUGGGACCCUAGAAAACCAAAAUCACCAACAUUAUUGUAUUGGCAAUGUAUAUCUUUGAAAAAUGGCUUAAAAUAAAAGACAUUUUCCACAAA